ACGCAAGCAGCUACAAGCCCAAGGCGCAGGACCCACCACUAAAGACUCACACAGAGCAACCAUGAGCAAGUCGAGCGGCUUCUCGCAGGGACAGGACUGGGAAUCGGCCGGCUGGGGCAGCCGCGCGCCGCCCCGCGGUGCCGCCAAGCAGCAGGCGCUCAACAGCGCCCGUCGCGCAGGCACCGUCGUCACGGAGGCCAAGUACAACGCCGGCACCAACAAGGGCGCGCACAGCGCUGCGAACGUCAACAUGCGCAAGCUGGAGGAGGACACGGACAACUUCAAGCACGACGCCGUCGACCGCAGCCUCUCGCAGGCGCUCAUGAAGGCGCGCAUGGCCAAGAAGAUGAACCAGAAGCAGCUGGGCACGCUCAUCAACGAGAAGCCGCAGGUCAUCGCCGACUACGAGUCGGGCCGCGCCAUCCCCAACGGCCAGAUCAUCUCGAAGCUCAACCGCGCGCUGGGCGUGCAGCUGCCGCGCGGCUCCAAGAAGAAAAAGACGCCCGCCAACUAAUUGCAAUGACUAGGAUAGAGUCGUGCAGUUGGUUGUCAGAGGUCUUGUUAGGCAGCGAGACAGGCAGGCGGACGCACUACAGUAGGUAGUGGGCUCUGCAUUUUGUCUGCUGGAGCGUCGUACUAUAUAGAAAACAAGCAAUACAAUGAAGGCCGAGUUGGCUCGAAACCU